AUGUCCACUGGAUUAGUAGCCACAUUCAAAAACUUAACCAUUGCCAAGAAUGUCAACUCUUUAACUAGAGAACAAUCUGCUUUAGCCACACAAUGGGAAUCAAUUACCAAGAACGGUACCGCUGAAUUACAAGAAAACUUAGAUCAAUUGAAUCUAUUCUUGAGGGAUAACUCAUUCUUAUGUGCCACUCAACAACCAACCGUCACUGACGUCAUUGUCUUUGAACCAAUCUUCCCUAUAGUUAAACAACUUGUAUCAAGUACAAAAGACAUUAAAGAUGUAUACAACAAAUAUAGACAUAUCUUAAGAUGGUCCGAUUUCUUACAACAGUUAUUAUCUAUCCCACAAUCUUCUCAAUUAUCAUUGAAUUACGAUUUGGAAUUGACUCAUGAAAUCAUCGAGAAGAAGAAGAAACCGGCCGUCGCCGCCGCUGCUGCUGAUGCCAAGACUGCUGAAGCUACCACCCCAGCUGCUGCCAAGGAUAAACCAGCCAAGGAAGCUAAGGGUCCAAGGGGUAAACCAGAUGAAGAAACUUUGAAGAAAUUGAGAGAAGAAGCUAAAGCUAAAAAAGCCGCCAAGAAGGCUGCUCAAGCCACCGCACAAGCUGAGCAAGCUAAGAAAGCUGACGAAAUGCCAUCUCCAUCGAUCAUUGAUUUCCGUGUUGGGUUCAUUCAAAAGGCUAUCAAACAUCCUGAUGCUGAUUCUCUUUAUGUUUCCACUAUUGAUGUAGGUGACGCGGAAGGUCCAAGAACUGUCUGUUCCGGGUUAGUUAAGCAUUUCCCAUUGGAAGCUAUGCAAGAACGUUACGUUGUCGUCGUUUGUAAUUUGAAACCAGUUAAUAUGAGAGGUAUUAAAUCCACUGCUAUGGUCUUAUGUGCUAGUACUGAUGAAAAAGUUGAAUUUGUCGAACCUCCAAAGGGUUCUAAGGCUGGUGAUAAAGUUUUCUUUGAAGGGCUUGGUGAUGAAGAACCUUUGAAACAAUUAAACCCAAAGAAAAAAUUAUGGGAAAAAUUACAACCUCUUUUCUCUACAACUAGCGAUUUGAACGUUGUCUUCAAAGAUGAAGAAAACAAAAAGGACUUGAAAUUGACUAACGCUAAAGGUGAAGAUUUUAAAGUCGCUUCCCUUGUUGAUGCUCAAGUUCGUUAA